UAUUCUUAUCUUUUCGCAACUAAAGAAUAAUACAUUUUUCUUCUCAUUCUCACUUUCAGACCAUGCCCGUCAACAAUAUCAAGCUCAACAAUGGCGUUCUCAUGCCCGAGAUCGGCCUCGGCACCUGGAAGGCCAACGAGGAGGGCACCCUCGCCAAGACAAUCAAGACCGCCAUCGACUUGGGCUACAGACACAUCGACUGCGCCAAAAUCUACGGCAACCAGAAGGAAAUCGGCAGUGCAUUGUCCGAGCUCAAAGUUCCACGCAACGAGCUAUUCAUCGUGUCAAAGAUCUGGCAGAACAAGCACCGUCCGGAGCUUGUAGAGGGCGCCCUAGACGAGAUUCUUGAGGAGCUCCAGCUUGAGUACCUCGACCUCUUGCUGAUCCAUUGGCCCUACGCGCUCAAGCCCGAGCGCGAUGACCUGGUGUUUACUGCCGAUGACCUGGACAAUGUACCCAUUGUUGACACAUGGAAGGCCAUGGAGGCCCUGCUGGACACCGGCAAGGUGCGGUCUAUCGGUGUUUCCAACUUUAACAAGGCCAUUCUGGAGAAGUUGAUCCCACAGUGCCGCAUUGUCCCUGCUGUUAAUCAGGUUGAGAUUCACCCGUACAACCAGGGCAAUGAGCUGGUCGACUACUGCCAGAAGAAUGGCAUCAAUAUCACUGGGUACUGCCCUCUGGGCGGAUCCAAGAUUACCGUGAUGGAUGACGAGUUCAUUAAGAGCGUGGCUGAGGCUCAUGCCUGCACACCAGCGCAGGUGGCUUUAUCCUGGGCCUUGUCGCGUGGCAUUGCUGUCAUUCCCAAGUCUACUAGUCCUACUCGGUUGAAGCAGAACUUGAAUAAGGUCGAUUUGUCAGCGGAUGAACUGCGCAUGUUUGCGAAGAUUACCAAGCACGAGCGCAAGGUUGACCCUGCUCGCGAUAUCAGGGAGCUUGAGUGGAUCUUCCACGAGGACAAGGCGCAGUGCCCGCUUAUCUAAAAUGUGGCAAUAAUAACUUUUUGUAUUGAAUUGUCACGUUUCUAAAUAUAAUAUUGACAUUGUGAAGAUAUUGUGAAGAUAUUAAUUUAUGUGCAUGGUGAUUUUGAUUUCGGAAACUUUA